AAACUCUGCCCACAUUGCCAACCUUAACCAUUUUGGAGCUAAAGCCGGAGGCCCGAGGCCCGUUUGUUGAUAAAUGUAACAAGAUCACAAUAAUAGCGGAGGUUUCAAGAUUUAAUCCAAAUAGCCUCUGCAAAAUAGGAAAAAAGGAAAAAGAAGGAAUCUUAAAAUGAAUAAAAACAACAAACAAAGUCAACGGAAAGGGUCAGAUCCCUUUUCUCAAAGGACGACUAGAAAUGAACGAUUUGCUCAGAUGUCGAAACAGGAAGAAUUGAUCGAACAGAAGAAGAAAGAGUUGUUAGCAAAAAGUGCAAGCCAGAAGCCGCAGACGGCAACAACAACUACUACUGCGCCACUUAAUGCCGCACCUACGCUAGCAACAGCAACAACACUGCCAAAACCCGCUCCCGCUCUCCGAGCUGGCUCACUUGGAAAGAGACCUAACUGGUGGAAAAGCAGAAACAAUGCAAGCUCUUCUUCUGCGAAUACAUCAGAGACUACCACCAUUCCAUCAUCAACAGCAGCAACAAAAUCGAGCAGUGACAACAUUAUGUUUAAAAACGACGGCAGUUUUCUGGACAAGUUUAAACAAAUUUCUGACGUGUUACCAAAAGAGGAGCCUAUAGACCACGUGGUCUACAGCAACACUUCGCCAUACCAAGGACAAAGUUACAAUGACAGAGGAUUUUCUCAAGGACAAUCAGGUGGCUCUCACUACGUCUCGAACGUACCUUCAAACAGGCCAGCGUCGCCAUACUCGCCAUCGAGGAUGUCCCCAGACAGCAGCCCGGUGCACAGACCCCAGUACUCUGCACCGCCGCCACCCACCCCGGCGCUGCUGCAGAUUCCUCCACCAAACAUGCUGCAGCAAAAUCCGCCUCCGUUUCCAUCUCUGCCGAUGGUCUCUAUGGGGGUGCCGCCCCCGCAGGUGAUGGUGAGCACCUCGGUGCCACCCCCGCCCGUCAACAUCCAGCAGCCGCCUCCGCUGAUGAGUUUUCCGCCACCACAGCCGCCGCCAGUGAUGAGCCAACCUCCGCCUCCAAUCAUGAGCAUUCCGCCUCCAAACCUCAACACGCCGCCCCCAACGCUAAACCCGCAGUACCCGCCGCCGCUGAUGGCCCAGCACAGCCAGCAAAUGACGGUGACCACCGUGACCGUGUCCGUGUCCUCGGGGAUCCCCAUGAUGGCGCAGCAGCCGAUGGUCACCUUCGCGGAAGCCGUGCCAGAAAAUAUUGGACAACAAGUUUCUCCCGCAGGAGACGUGACAGCUCUUUUGACCCCAGCAAGUAGGCAACUGGCCGAAAUGGUGGCCGAAGGUGGUGACGAAAUCGAAGAUAUGGCUCGCGAGCGCAACCGAGACGACCCUACCAUGUGGUUCUUGUACCAGCCAGACGGGGACGCCUACAGGCAGUACAGGGAUUUGGUCAACAAUUUGCGAGCUGCGAAAGCGAUCAAAGUGGAGCAGAAGGCUCACAUUAAAAUGGAGCCGGAAUCGAAACAGUCGAGAAAGCGAAAAUCACGGUGGGCCCCAGAGGACGAAAAGGUCAACAUUGCAGCGCCUGGCGUACUGCCUUCUAUUGGCAAAAUCCCUCUGGGUCGCGGCCCUGCACCUAUGCUUUCAAAGGUCACACGGACGGACACAAAGCUGCUGGCCUAUGCCAAGAGCGCUUACGGCACGGUACACCUGAGUGAGGAAGACUGGAAAAAGUGCGAGGACCACUACAAGGUGCAUUUACUUUACAAUGACAUGAUGCGGAAAAAGGAGCAGCUGGCAAGGCUGGAAAGGGCCGGCAAGCACAAGUACGAGUACGACAGUGAUGAGGAUGUGGAGGGCGGCACAUGGGAGCACAAGCUGCGCUCGGCUGAGAUGGAGGCGACCAACAAGUGGGCUGACGAGCUGACCAAGCAGGCCGAGGGCAAGCACCACAUAGGAGACUUCCUGCCGCCUGCUGAACUGGAAAAGUUCAUGGAGAAGUACUCAGCUGCCAAAGAGGGUCGUGAGUUGGACGUCUCAGACUACAAGGAGUUCAAGCUGAAGGAGGACAACAUCGGCUUCAAAAUGCUGCAGAAGCUUGGUUGGUCCGAGGGGCAAGGCUUGGGCUCAGACGGACAGGGAAUCGUCGACCCGGUGAACAAGGGAAAUGUGCGGUCUGAAAACCAUGGCCUUGGAGUUAAACGACCUGACAACAUAUGCUCGGAAGAUGACGAGUAUGAUGCUUAUAGAAAGCGCAUGAUGCUGGCCUACAGAUUUCGGCCUAAUCCUUUGAAUAACCCCCGACGCAAUUAUUAUUGAGGCUUUUACUGAUAAUUUUAAUCGUGACGUUGCAUGAAAAUUAUAAAAUUUUUAAGUGUCUCUUACCUUA